AUGGUUCCCAGUAAGUCCCUGCGUGCUUUUGCCGAAGUGAAGCUGACCCCCACCGACUCCUCCAAUCUAGGGGCCGUCGUGGCUUCGGUUCCAGCCGCGCGCAAACCUCUGGCCCCAGUCCUCUGUUCAUCUUCGAAUGAGGCCGCCGCCCCCGCCUAUGGAGGCACGCUACACUUCAUGCGACGCCCGAUACUAGCGCAGGAUGCAUCGAAACGAGGCCGCGUCCAGUCGGUCGUUUUUAGUGAUCGCCUCCACUAUAUCCCUGCAUUAUUUUGA